UGUGAUUUGAACUUAUAAUGUCAGGCCGAGGAAGCAAACGAGGUGGAGGCAGCAACAGCGGCCGAAACACGAGUAAGAACACGACUCCGAGUAAGACGCCGUCUAACCCGACUACCCCGCUGAGAAGCAGCAGACGACUGGCUUCGACUGCUGGCAGUGAAGCGGAUCCAGGGUCUUCGCCUGCUCCUCUGCCGAGGUUGCAGGAGAGGUCGCCAGCUAAUGCACCUGGUUCAGCUACUCAAGGCGAAGGUGAAAUGCAGGACGAAUCACUGGCUUUGAUGUCCAGCAACUCGCCUGCUCCCAGCUCUCCUCUCCAAUACCAAACUAGUCCUGGAGCAGGAGGAGCGGGUCUCACCUCGGAAGUAGGAAUGGCAGAUGAUGAGAACGAAGAGCCGAGUGUCAUGGAUUACCGUACUCCGAGGCGUCGAGCUGACCUUGGAUCCCGAAAAGGAACUCGUCAAAUUGAUAUGACUGAUGCGCCGAGUGGAUCCACGAGUGGAGCUGGCGGCCAUGGCGGCAACGCUCUCGGGUCUAGUGUCGCCGAUCUCCCGCCGAGCAGUGAUCGCGGACUACCUAGUUCCAGAGGAGGUGGCUACAUGUCGACAAGUGACAGUGCAGCUCCUCAUGAUGCUCAGUUGGCAAUCUGGGGAACUGAUAUUGUGAUCUCGGAAGCGAGGAGGAAGUUCACGAAGUUCAUUAGGACCUUCUGCGACGGGAGUCUCAACUAUGAGACUGAUGGGUACCAUCCUACGGAGCCCUUGUACGUCCAGAAAAUGACCGAAAUGGCCAAACUGGAACAAAUGUGUCUGGAUGUUAAUUGCAACCAUUUGGCUCUUUUUGACUCCACUUUGGGUCGACAACUGGCUUGUAACCCACAGGAAAUCAUACCGGCUUUCGACCUGGCUCUGACUGAUUUCUUCUUCAAGCAUUUUCCAGAUAUGGUCGAGAAAAUGAGUGAAGGUCUGAUGAUUCGUCCCUUUUUCCCUGAGAGGACUAACCAUAUGCGUGAGUUGGACCCAGAGGACAUUGACCAGUUGAUCACAGUGAGUGGAAUGGUGAUCCGAACCAGCGGAAUCAUACCAGAGAUGCGACAGGCCCUGUUCGAGUGUGUGGUGUGUGGUCACGUGGAAACAGUAGAUGUAGACAGAGGUAGGAUUGCUGAACCCACUCUGUGUCAGAGAUGUCAGACUAACCACUGUCUCGCACUCAUUCACAACAGGAGUCUAUUCGAUGAUAAGCAAAUCGUCAAAGUACAGGAAUCGCCGGACGACAUGCCAGCAGGUCAGACCCCUCGUACCAUCAUGCUGCAUGCCCACCAGGACUUAGUAGACAUGGUUCAGCCAGGAGACAGGAUUCUAGUCACGGGGAUAUACAGGGCCACGCCUAUGAGAGUGAAUCCCAGGCUGAGAAACUUGAAGGCGGUGUUUAAGACACACAUUGAUGUCGUGCAUUUUAAGGUGAAGAAUACUCACGCUUCGCGUAGUGCAGAGAACGAGAAUGCGUUCACUGAGGAGAGAAUUCAGUAUUUGACUGGCAUUGCAAAGACAGUCCAGUUCAAUGACAUGAACAUGAGGGACAAGACAGAGAAAUUUGGUUACUUCAAGACGCAGUUGUGCAAUGCUUUGGCCCCCAGUAUCUACGAGAACGAGGAUGUCAAGUUCGGAAUACUCUGCCAGUUGUUUGGAGGAACCAGGAAAGACAUGAGCAAGAAUGGUCGCACAGCAGCGCGUAGCGAAGUCAACAUCCUCCUCUGUGGAGAUCCAGGCACCUCCAAGUCCCAACUGCUCCAGUAUGUGCACAAACUAGUGCCCAGAGGACAGUACACUUCUGGAAAGGGGUCCAGUGCUGCUGGGUUGACAGCCAGUGUGAUUAAGGACCCAGAAACAGGGCAGUUGGUGUUGCAGACGGGUGCUCUGGUUCUGAGUGACAACGGAGUGUGUUGCAUUGACGAAUUCGACAAAAUGUCGGACAGUUCGAGAGCCAUCUUGCAUGAAGUGAUGGAACAGCAAACACUCUCUAUUGCAAAAGCCGGCAUUAUCUGUACCCUGACUGCGCGGGCGUCUAUCCUGGCUGCGGCUAAUCCAGUGGACAGUCAGUGGAACCACCACAAGAGCAUAGUGGAGAAUGUACAACUGCCACAUACACUCUUGUCCAGAUUUGACCUGAUCUUCCUGAUCAUUGACCCCCAGAAUGAAGAGUACGAUAAGAUGUUGGCCAACCAUUUGAUCUCACUCUACCACGCACAAGGAGAGGAGCUGCAGGAGGAGGAGUUGUUCGAUCUGAAUGUGCUGAGAGACUAUAUUGCAUAUGGGAAACAGAAUUAUGCACCUAGAUUGGAUGAGUCAGCUAGUGAAAGACUUGUGGAGAUCUACGUUGAGAUGCGUAAACUGGGGAGUGAGAGGGGCAUGAUCACAGCCUACCCUAGACAGCUGGAGAGUCUGAUCAGACUGGCGGAGUCCAUGGCCAAGAUGAGAUACAGUGACACGGUCACGCUGUUCGAUGUCGAGGAGGCAUACAGACUGUACAGGUCUGCACUCAAACAGGCCGCUAUUGACCCUCACACUGGAGAGAUAGACAUUGCCCAGUUGUACGAGGGACAGACAAGCAGUGAGAAGAGGCGAAGGGCUGAACUGGCCCAGGAGAUUAGAACUCUGAUCCAGGCCAAACAGGGCAUCUCAUUCAGACGAUGGGAAAUACUUGAGGAGAUGAACUCUAAACGUGAGCUUCCCAUCCGAAGAGACCUCUACCUUGCUGCUCUCAAAAUACUACAGGAGGAAGAGUUCUUCACCAUCACUGGCGAUAACCUCAGACUGCUGGUGUAAAUUAAGCAGAACUAAAACUGCAAAUUGGUAAGAAAACAAACUCUAUCCUCUAACUGACUCUAAGCUGUCUAUUCUGUUGCUUAUCGUGCUUAAUUUUUUUUGCAAAACUGUUGCUUUUUUGCUAAUCUUGCCAAGAAAUACUUUGUUUUUGAGUGCUACUGAAUGCUAAAAUGUUCCACCUGUUUAUUGUGAUGGUAAUUGUAGUGAUUGUUUCAUUAUGAUCCUGAUUGAAUUCAGUCGGAGUAUGGAUUUAAAGAAGUACUUGGGUUCUUACCACCUAAUUGUUCUAGCAAAAAUUUUGCAGACAAUAGAAAUCUACAUUUCUAGAAUAAAGUAUGUAAUAAUUUGAAAAGAAAAAAAAUGCAUUUAGAAGUGUUCGAGAAAAAAAUUGUCGUUUGAUUAUAUGUCUCAUGAAAGCAUUGUGGAUAUGCAUUGGAUAAAUAUUUAUUGUAUUUUAUCAUAGCUUACUCUUCAUUGUGUGCAAUAAUAAUAGUUUUUGAUGAGUCUGAAUGUGCAAUUUCUGAAUGAUGACUAACUAAUGCAAUACGAACUUGAAUAUUGAUAAUUUGAACUUUGAAUCAAACAGUUUGAAAUUUUAGAUAACACAUUGUAUGCCUAUCUGACUUCUGAUUGAAAGCAACAAUUGGAUUUUUGAAGAUAAUUUGAUGAAUAAUGAAUCAAGCUUGAUGUUAUUUGUUAUUUGGCAGUCUUGUGAUUUGCAUUGGAAGUUUAUUCACUUGUAAUUGUGAUAAGCAAGUGAGCGUUACAGGCUGAUGUCUUAAUUUUCUUAAUACAAUUUUGUGUAUGU